AUGCGCCUCUUUAGCAAAUUUCACGCGGUCUGCGCCUUGGCUGUGUGCAGCAUUCUCCUGUCAGCCUCCUUUCUUGCCUCUCAGCAUUAUUAUCGCCGGGUAGUCUUGACAAAAGAGCCCACGUCAGACUUCCACGCCACAGCAUCUUUCGACCGUCGCCUAGUCGUCUUUGGUGACUCGUGGAGCGAUAACAAUGCAGCCGAGCUUCAAGGAUCUGUAUGGACGGACUGGCUUUGUAACUCGUUCUCAUGUCACCAUGAAAACUUAGCAGAGACAGCCAAGUCUUUGAGAGGAAACUACAUUGGCUCUGUGGUGGACAACACGGAGCUGUCGGGCUCCUUACUCAACCUCUACAAGUCUCCAUUGGCGGAUCUGAAAGCUCAGGUCGCCAAUUGGAUUGCGGCGGAGACGGAAGCCACGAGAGAGAUGGAUGCGACUGCAAUUAGCAUGCGUCAGAAUGGCACCGUCGUGGUCGUCUCCUUUGGUGUAUGGGACUUGUGGAACGUAAUGGCCAAGACGUACGAGGAUGCAUCCCAUGCAGUCGAUCGCAAUAUCAAAGUCAUUAUGGAGGAGCUGAAUUUGCUGGCCGAGACAUGGGGCAGCAAUGACCUCAAGAUCAUCCUAACAUUAGCACCAGAUGUAACCUUCCUGCCGGCCUAUAGAGCGCAGGGGGCGCCGCAGAUUACCAAGCACAAAGAUGCCGUGAGGAUCGCAGACUAUUGGAACGGAGAGCUCCGCAAUAACGCCGAAGAUUGGUCAAACGGCACGAUCUAUUUGUUCGACACCAACUCGUUUCUGGCGGACCAGAUUCGCGACUGGCAACUUUUUGCUGCAGGGAUCGAGGAAGAGAAUGGAUUGGGGAGGAACGAGGAUCCCGGUUGGGAGAAUGUUGAAGACGCAUGCGUCCAAAGCAGCCAGCAGUGGAUGGUGACGUCAGGUGCGCAACAGUGCGACCGUCCGGAGAAAUUUCUGUUCUGGUAA